AUGACUUCCGCGCCCGGCCUUCGCAGGACGCGUUUUGUCUGCAUCUCUGACACGCACAACCAGACGCCCAAGCUGCCCAAGGGGGACGUGCUCAUCCAUGCAGGCGAUCUCACUAAUCAAGGCAGCAUCUCAGAGCUUCGCAAGACCGUCACAUGGCUGGAGAAGGCCGACUUCGAGGCCAAGAUCGUGGUGGCUGGAAACCACGACGUUACCUUGGACGAGCCGUUUUACCAUCAGCACGGCGCAUCCUUCCACAAUCAGCUUCCCCAGGAUUCUGGUGCAUGCAUCCAGCUUCUGAAAUCAUCCGCAACCAUCACCUACCUGCAGCACGAAGCCCGCACCAUACAAUUGACCGACCCUGCCGGCCCAUGUACCCGUUUCAAUGUGUUCGGCAGCCCGUACUCGCCGGAAUGUGGCUUGUGGGGCUUCCAGUACAAUCGUCGAGACGGACACAGGGUGUGGGACGCGAUUCCGUUGGACACUGAUGUGCUGAUCACCCAUGCUCCCCCGCAAUUCAAUUGUGACACAAACUCCAAGGGCCUUGCAGACGGCUGUGGAGCUUUGCGAGAGGCUCUUAUGCGCAUCCGGCCCUCUCUGCAUGUGUGCGGCCAUCGGCAUGAAGGCAGAGGAUCUGAGCGCAUCCGCUGGAAGAUCGACGUGCCAAUGGCAGCCGUCAUGGAAGAGCGGACGGACAUCUGGACAGACCCGGGGACAGGCAACAACAAGCAGUCGCUUGUGGACCUCAGCGUGAGGGGAGGCAGCCCAAUAGACAAUGACUUGGACCACACCAGCACCGUCGUGUCCAACAGCGUGUCGUUCACGCCCGCGACAGUUCAUCAGACAGCCUCGUCACAGCCUGAUGUCAUGCCGCCUGCUUUUCACCGCGAGAGCGUUUGCAGACCGUUCCAGCCUCCGUCGGCCGCCCGGCCGGCUGCGAUUGCGACAGAUCAAACGCCAGGCGACGAACAGCUCAUCUCUCGCUUGGGCGGCCGGCGGGCAGCGGCGCUUUGCGGCAGGCUGGGCAGACGGGAGACGUGCAUCGUGAACGCCGCCGUCAUGGCGAAGAGCUACUACGGAAACAGCGGUCCGAAGCGCUUCAACAAGCCGAUCGUUGUCGACCUUGAUUUACCCGCCUGGCCGGUCGAGGCUCAGGUUGCACCAGCCCCGCGAGUAUGA